AUGCAAGAAGUUGAAGUCCCUCCUAGAGACAUUUUCGUCCACUAUAUCAAUGUGCCGAUUGGAAAAACUAUUAUAUGGUCCUUUUCUACUAAGAAAAAAAAUAUUUCGUUUGGUUUGUACCAAAGAAAAUCUACAAUAGCGACUUCAGGUUCGACUGGAACUUUUAAAGAAGAGGGUGGCAGCUUAUUUUCUACUUCUAUAAAACAUACUGUUACCACUCCUAAAUCUUCGACAAAAAGUACUUAUUCAGUUAGUCUUAAAAGCAAAAACUCUUUGGAAACUAUCAAGGUUGAAGAUAAUGAUGAUUCAAAUGAAGGCGAUGUGGGUUCCACAUUAGUGGAUUCGAAUUCUGCCUCGAUAAAUGACCCUCCUGUGACAACCCGAGGACGUAAGAGAGCUGGUUCUACGCUAAUCAUUAAAGAUCCUGAUUUAAAAGAGAUAUUACCUAUCGAACAUUAUAAUUCCGCUCUUAACACAAUUAAAGGCAGUUAUAAAGUAACUGAAGAAGGAAUUUAUUGUUUAUGCUUCGAUAAUUCGUUUUCUCGAACUACCUCCAAGUCUCUAUCGUUUUCGGUGACAUUAAAAGAUGAUUUAGAUAAUGAUCAAGAAGAAUCAAAACCAGAUAUAUCCGGUUGGUUGUUAAAAAAAAAGAAGAAAAAAAUGCAAGGUUGGGCAAAACGUUGGAUUCAAAUUGACAAUGGUUGGCUUUCAUAUUAUCAACAUCCCGAUAGUAAUUGUCGAGGGACGAUACAUAUUGCUCUUUCAGCCGUUUCGUCCAUUCAAUCAACGCGUUUAAUACAUAUGGAUUCUGGAACUGUGACAUAUCAUUUUAAAGCGUUCACUGACAAAGAAUUUGAUGAAUGGAUGACCGUUAUUCGUAAAUAUAUAAAUCUUUCUAAUGAAAGACAAUUUUGUGAUCCUGAAUAUCCCAGAGUAGCUUCUCAGCAUUCAGGUGAUCUUGAAAGACGACAGAGUUUAUAUUUUAAGCGACAAUCCUUAAUGGAAAAACGACAAAGCAUAAGUAAAAAUGGUGAUAUCUCUGGUUAUUUUCUUCAAAAUAAUUUAGAUGAGGACCUUAAAAAAAUUUAUAGUGUAUUUAAUAACAUGGAAAAUGAGUUCAAAACUAUUGAAAAUGAUUUGGAUAUUUUUAAAAAUGCAAUUGAGAAUCAGAUACCUAAUGGUCAUCCUAAAUCUGCACAACCAAGUCCGAACAUUGAAGGAAAACCCCGUAAAAAGUUUACUCUGCCUUUACAAAGAGGAACAACCGAACAAGUUAUGCCACCUUCGCAGAUACCAUUAGAUCAAAUUUGUGAGAAAUUAACUGCUAAUAUUAAAAUUUUAAAAAAUGAAAAGGAUCAAGCAUUUAAUUUGUUGCGUGUUGAAAUUGAGAAAUGGAAGGCAUUGGAAUAUUCAUACAAUAAACUUGUAACAGAAAAUGCUGAUUUACGCAAGUCCUUAUUUAAAUCAGAUAACUUUGAUGAAAGGUUAGAGAACGGUCAUCCUGAUAAAACAUCUGAAAUUACGGAUAUUAAUCAUAUAAAAAAACUCAGAACUGUAUCUAUGAGCACGAUGAAUACUCACUCUGAUGUAUUCUUUGAUGCUGAAGAUAUUGACUUGACUGAAGAUCUUUCAGUGACAGAGAGUGAUGUAGAUGUCACUAACGCUAAUAUUAGUGACGAAGAAAGUGACUUUGAUUCGCCUUCAUCAAUGGAUAAAACUCUUGACAAACCUUCAAUCAAAGAUAUAUCUGAUACUAAUAAACUAACGUUAAUACAGAGGAGGAAAGUUCUUCCUGCCCCUAUUUGUGGCGAAGAUGUCAGUUUACUUUCUAUUUUAAGAAAAAAUGUUGGUAAAGAUUUGUCAACAAUCGCAAUACCAAUUUCCCUUAAUGAACCUAUAAAUAUUUUACAAAGUAUGGCGGAAGCCUUAGAAUAUAGCGAGUUAUUAGAUAAGGCUGCGAGUCUAGAUAAUUCAUUGGAUAGAUUAAUCCAUGUAGCAGCAUUCGCAGUAUCAGGAUAUGCUUCAACAUAUACUAGAACAGGUAGAAAACCUUAUAAUCCUCUUCAUGGUGAAACUUACGAAUGUGUUCGACCAGAUAAAGGUUUUAGGUUUAUUUCAGAAAAAGUUAGUCACUAUCCGCCGAUAAUGGCGUGCCAUGCUGAUUCUUCGAAUUGGAAUUACUGGCAAGAUUCGAAAAUCAAAAGUAAAUUCUGGGGAUUAAUGCGUGUAGAAAAUAAAACAACUGGUGAAGCUUGUGAGAUCAAAUUUAAUCAAAGUGGAAUGUGGAGUAGUGCACCAAAGAGCGAAAUAGCCGGUCUAUUGUUUUCAGAAAAAGGUGAAAAUGUUGGGAAAAUUGGUGGUAAAUGGAAUGAAAUGAUAUUUCAAGAAAAAGGAGGACCAAAUCAAUUAGAAGUAAUUUGGAAAGUAAAUCCGUCAUUACCAAAUCAUGAGCAAUAUUAUGGAUUUACACAAUUUUGUGUAGAAUUAAAUGAAUUAACACCAGAUAUUGAAGAAUACUUACCAAAUACUGAUACUAGGCUUAGACCAGAUCAAAGGCUAUUUGAGAAUGGACGGAUACAAGAAGCUGAAACUGAAAAGCUUCGUCUUGAACAAAAACAAAGAGAAUAUAGAAAAUUACUUGAAGAAAAAGGUGAGCCAUGGGUUCCGCAGUGGUUUAAAUUAGAGGGCGAGGAAUGGGUUUAUAAGGGUGGGUAUUGGGAGGCAAGAGAGAGUAAAACUUUCGAAAGCAAACUUCAAUUAUG